UAAGAGAGAAUUCUUUAGAAUUCUGCAAACAAUAACUUUGUGUUAAUGACCUUAAUUAUUUAUUGUUUUAUAAGUUACUGUAGUGUUUAAUUACUUUUUUGUUUGUUUAAGAGAUUGGGUCUUGCUCUGACAUGCAGGCUAGAGUGCAAUGAUGCAAUAAUAGUUCAUUGCAGCCUUGAACUUCUUGUCUCAAAUGAUCUUCUGGUCAGAUCCCAAAGUGCUUGAGAUUCCAGGUGGGAGUCAUUGUGUCCAUCUUAAUUAAUUUUUAUUAUGAUUUUCAGAUGAUGAUUUUUCAGUAUGUGUUAUGAAAUAUAACUCAAAUGCAUCACUUGUUAAUGUCACAAAAUGCCUGUUUUGUGUUGGCAUAGUGAAUUUUACGAUAUCUCUCCUAAAUGUGUGGUCAAGGAAUUACCCCCAACAGGGAAAAGUAGUAGAGAAGUAUUCCACACAGUGAUGUUGGAAAGACAUGAAAGCCAUCCCAUUGGAGAUUUUUGCUUCAGAGAAAUUCAGAAAAAUAUUCAUGACUUUGAAUUUCAGUGGAGAGAUGAUGAAACAAAUUACAGUGCUGUGCCUUUGACAAAGAACGAAAAUUUUACCGGUAGUAGAAAACAAUGUGAUAGAAAGGAUGCUGGAAACAAGGCUAUUAAAAAUCAGCUUGGAUCACGCUUUCAGUCACAUACACCUGAACUGCAUGUAUUUCAAACUGAAGAGAAAAUUGGUAAUCAAAUGGAGAUGUCUAUCAACAGUGGUUCCUUAGGUUCAACAUCCCAAGGGAUUUCUUGUAGGCUAAAAACCCAUACUUUUAAUCAAUAUGGGAAUGAUUUCUUCUAUUCUUCCUUAUUCACACAAAACCAGAAAGUACACCAUAGAGAAAAGCCUUACAAAUAUAAUGAGUGUGGCAAAUCCUUCAGUUAUGGCUCACAUUUCAGUAUACAUCAGACCAUUCAUUCUGGAGAAGAACAAUAUAAAUGUGAUGUAUGUGGUAAGGUCUUUAAUCAUAAAUCAAACUUUGCACGUCAUGGUAGAGUUCAUACUGGAGAAAAACCAUAUAAAUGUAAGGAAUGUGACAAAGUUUUCAGUCGUUACUCACACCUUAAAAGUCAUUGGAGAAUUCACACUGGAGAGAAACCUUACAAAUGUAAGCAAUGUGACAAAGUUUUCAGACGUGAUUCACACCUUUCACAACAUUGGAGAACUCAUACUGGAGAGAAACCUUACAAAUGUAAUGAGUGUGGGAAAGCCUUUAGUACACGGUCCACACUUACUAACCAUCAGUUAAUCCAUAGUGGAGAGAAACCUUAUAAAUGUAAUGAAUGUGGAAAAGUCUUCAGUCAAGCAGCAAAUCUUGCCAGUCAUCGGAGAAUUCAUAAUGCAGAGAAUCCUUACAAGUGUAAUGAAUGUGGCAAGCUCUUUAGUCAGCCUGCAAAUCUUGCAAGUCAUCAGAGAAUUCAUACUGGAGAGAAACCAUACAAGUGUAAUGAAUGUGGCAAAGUGUUUAGUCAUCCCACAACCCUUGCAAAUCACUGGAGAAUUCAUACUGGAGAGAAACCGUAUAAGUGUAAUGAAUGUGGCAAGGUAUUCAGUAGAACUGCAACUCUUUCAAAUCAUCGGAGAAUUCAUACUGGAGAGAAACCUUACAAAUGUAAUAUAUGUGGCAAGGUCUUCAGUCAAGCUUCACACCUUGGAAAACAUUGGAGAAUUCAUACUGGAGAGAAACCUUACAAAUGUAAUAAAUGUGGCAAAGGCUUUACUCAAACUUCACACCUCACAUUACAUCGUAGAAUUCAUACUGGAGAGAAACCUUACAAAUGUAAUGAAUGUGGCAAAGCCUUUAGUGUGCAUUCAAACCUCACUAGACAUCAGAUAAUCCAUGUUGGAGAGACACCUUUGUAAUGAGUGUGGUAUUUUCUUCAGUCACAAUUCAUUUCUUACACAAUAUCCGAGAAUUCAUUUUUAAGAUACUCCUUACAAAUGCAAUGAGUACAGCAAACUCUUCAACUUGAGGUCAAGCAUUAAUUGACAUUACAGCAUCCAUAUUAAGAAUAUAUGGUAUAACUAAUGCAUGUUGUGAACCAUUUAUACUGGCCACAGUUCAGCAGACAACAAAGUAUACAUCUUUGAUGAAACCAUACAAUUGUAACAUGCAUUCUGAGGUUAUUACCCACAUAAUGAAAACUGUAGACCAUCAUAGGAUAUGUGAGGAAUAAUUCAGUGUCAUGAUUAAUCUUUCAGACUACAUACUGCAGAACAGUUAAAAGUCAAAAUAUGUUACAAUCUGAGAUAUCAAAGGGACCAGGAAUUUUGGAAAUGGCCAGUUUUCUUUGGGUUAUAUUCAGUUAUUUGAGGUUUAUUGAAAAGGGUACAUUACUGUUUAUGACUUUCAUCCUGAACUUGAAAUGUGUUUAUGUUGUACAUUCUUACAUGCUUUGAUGGUGGUCUCUGGAUAAGAAAUUAAUAAUAUGAAUGGACUUAUUUCAUUAGAUGAAGAUCAUUUCUAUCUAAGUUUCUUGAAGAAAGACUCUACUCUUUAUAAUUAGAUGUCUGAAUGAGCAUUUGGGAGAGGCUGAAAACAAUGUAAAACUACGAUGUCAUUCAUCAUGCUCUUUGUUUCCAGGGUGCCUUUCUCCUGACUGGAGGGCACUGUGGGAUAAAAGGAAAAAAAUACUUACCAACUGAACCAUACAUAGAGCAGGCCAAGACCUUAGGGCAUGAGGAUUUAAUAGGUUAUUAGGGACUUAUUGUGUGGUACAAAUAAUGCAGGGGAAAUGAUGGCCACCCGAGGAAGUAUUAGUUUUAUUUUUAAAAUUGAAAAUAACACUUGUCAGAGGGGAGAGUUUAAUCAAAAGUACCAGUAUAGUAUGCCUCUUGAGUAGGAUUCACAUUGUUCUCCUGAUACUACAUUUUGCCAUUGAUUGAUUCAGAGUGUGCUAUUGGUCCCAUUUUAAUUAAUGGAAUUUAAUCUUUUUUCUAUAACUGUGAGUCACAUUUUUAUUUUAUUUACUUUUUCUUUUUUUAAAAAAACUUUCCUCAAAGGUUCUGCUUGAGAGUCACAUUAUUUUUACGAACAUAAUACUACCUUAGUAGGAUACUUCAUAAGAAGUAAUAAAAAUGCAUCAAAACCAGCCUGAGCAAGACCCUGUCUCUACCAAAAUAUAGAAAGAAAUUAAUUGA